AUGAAAUCCUCGUUAUCAAGCGGAACACGUUCAUCAACCAGUAUGUCGGUUCGAUUCCAGUUCGAGGAAGACGACAACGAACACGAAAAUAAACGUCUGACAAGAAAACAAUCAGCUGAAUCAUUUGUCAUUCAUGAAAUCCAACCGUGGUCUUCUAUGCUUCCUUCUGAACAACAAAAACAUUUGGAAAAUGAAACAUUUCAUUCGUUAGAAGAAGUUGUUGUUCAUCCAUCACCUCAUCGCUCUCGAUCAUUGUUGAUUCAUCGAAAUCGACGUUUUGAUUCUCCUCACGAUCGAAUUACGCUUCGUUCACUUUUUGGUACUAUGUCACAAAUCCAUUACCUUUUCACUCAUAAACAAUUCCUUCACGGCCUUCGAUUUCUCAAAUUUUUCAUCAAUUUUAUCGAUUCAGUUUUCAGAGGAAUCGGUCAACUCAUGUUCGCGAAUAAUCCUCUAUCUGGUUUAGUCAUCGUUCUAGCGUUGACCAUGAAUGAAAAAUCUUCGGCUUCCUACGCUUUAUUUGGAGCGAUAAUUUCCACGUUAACCGCCCAUUUUCUUGGAUUGAAUUCGCAAUCGAUCCAAAGCGGCCUGUAUGGUUCAAAUGGAUGUCUAACUGCAUUGAUUCUAAGACAUUUUUCACCCGGUCACACUUUUUUUCAACUUAUCGGACCAAUGGUAUUUUUUUGCAUUUGUUCAACCAUCUUCUUCGUUGCACUUUGUAAAAUAUUCGUUGUGAGAUUCGAUAUUUCACCAUUUACAUUUAGUUCUCAUCUGUGUUCGUUCCUCUGGCUAAUUUCCGCAACCAAAUUGCAUUCCUCUCCUAUCGAACUUGAUUUGCUCAUAUCAAAUCUCACCGAAAUCUCCAAUGGCACAAAUACAACUUCAUUUUGGCCAUUAACGAUCAGUUUCAUCGACGGAAUCUUCUCGAGCAUAAGUCAAGUUUAUCUAAUUAAUAAUGCUCUAACCGGUCUGAUUAUUCUGUUGGGUGUAUCGAUUUGUUCGUUAAGAUUAACAAUCCUCGCUUUAAUCGGUACAAUCGUGGGUCAAAUAACCUCGAUUUAUUUAUUCCAAGUGUCACUGGCUGAGAUUCGUCAAGGUCUGUGGGGUCUGAACUCUGCAUUGACAUUUCAAAUACUAGGAGGAAUGUUCUUUGUCUUACAUGGACCUCACAUAUGGCUUUACAUGAUAUUUGGAUCAAUAAUGACUGUUUUUGUGCAAGUUGGUUUGAUUAAAUACUUUCCUGUAUUUGGAAAACUGCCACUGAUGUUACCGGCGAUAAUUAUCUGUUGGUUUUUGUGUUUAUUAGGUGGAUCGAGUAAAUAUCUGAUCGGAAUCAGACUUCGAUCGAUAAGCAUUCCGGAAGAUCACCUACGACGAUUUCGUUUGUCGAAUUUGGUGAAAAUGCAUUUUCAGUUUUUGGAUGACCUAUCGAUAAUUCUUCAAAAAGUUGGAGGAAAUCAAAACAUUCCCGGCGAAGAUUUAUCGACCAUCGAAAAUGAAUUCGUUCCGAUACUUCUAUGUUCUUACACUCAUCAAAAUGAUUGGUUCAAUCUGAAAUCUUUACUGAACGAAGGUGCGGAUGUCAACGCAACCGACUACGAUCUUCGAAGUUCACUGCAUCUAGCUGCGUGUGAUGGAAACAUGAAACUAUGUCGAAUGUUAAUUGAAAAAUUUCAUGCGGAUACGAAUCUGAUCGACGAUUUCGAUGGAACGCCAUUGUACGAUGCUUUUUGUCACGGACAUUUCCACCUCAUACCUUAUCUUUACAUAAAAGGCGCCCGAAUGCCUAUAUCGAAGAUGAAAGAGCUGGUAUUUUUCCUCUGUGCUUUUUCGUUCGAAGGAAAUCUCGAAGCGGUACAAUAUUUGAUCGCUUGCGGAGUUAAUCCAAAUCUAAUCGAUCAUAAUGGACGAACGGCAUUGCAUUUAGCCGUUUGUGGACAUCAUUAUUUAAUUGUCAAAUACUUAGUUGAAGAAGGGAAUGCAUCGACAUCAAUUGUCGAUCAUUACGGUCAUACGCCGUUAGACGAUGCGGUGCAAUUGUCGGAUAAUCAAAUUACAUUUUAUCUUCAACAUUGGCGAGCUGGUUUAGUGAAAAAUACAAAAAAUAUUUUCGUCGAGGAUGAUGAACUUGAUGACAUUAAUAUCGACGAUGAUUUUGGAGUGAAGACGGAAGCGGUCGAAAGGAAAUCGAGGAAAACUACAGAAGAAUGUUUAUUACCAGCUUUGUUUUGCACAGCUGCGGGUGAAGGAAAUGUGAAACAAAUGAUAAAUAUCCUCAAACAAUUUCCGCAAUUUCGUGCAGAUAGCGUCGAUUAUGAUUUUCGCUCUGCAGCACAUAUCGCUGCUGCUGAAGGUCAACUAUCGAGUAUUCAGUUCUUAUGUAAACAUUCCUUAGUGAAAAAGCAAGAUUUACAUUGGAUUAAUCGAGAAGAUCGUUGGGGAUUUACACCGAUCGAAGAAGCUUAUCGUUACGGACAUAAUCAAGUCGCCGAAUAUCUAAAAGAAUAUCAAAGCAAAGAAUCGAAGUUACCGUUGUCAACAACAACGACGGGAAUAUCUUCGGAUUCGCCGUCGAAAUCCACCAGAACUUUUGUUGAUUCGGUAAAAAAAUGGAAAAAAGUUUUCCGUUUCGCAACAUUAGUUUUAAACAACGAAGCCGAAUUAAUCAAAAGUCUUCUCAUGAGCGGAGUCUUGUCAGCAUACGACACGUAUGCAGAUUACGACGGACGAACUCCAAUGCAUUGGGCGGCAUUGAAUGGUUACGUAAACGUUGUUAAACUUUAG